AUGGUCAAUCUUACAAAACUAGAGUUCAUUGCCCUUCAAUGUUCGAGCAGGAACUACCUCUCAUGGGUGUUGGAUGCUGAAAUCCACCUUGAUGCAAUGGGUCUUCGAGACACCAGAAAAGAAGAAAAUAAGGCAUCAAAUCAAAACUGUGCACGAGCAAUGAUAUUCUUGCGUCAUCAUCUUGACGAGAUUCUGAAAAUUGAAUAUCUGACAGUUAAGGAUCCACUUGUUUUGUGGAAAAACCUAAAAGAAAGAUUUGACCACUUGAAGAUGGUCAUACAUCCAAAGGCACGAUAUGAUUGGAUGCAUCUAAGGCUACAAGACUUUAAGUCUAUACAUGAAUACAAUUCUGCCAUAUUCAGAAUCAAUUCUCAAUUGAAAUUAUGUGGAGAAACAGUUAGUGAGAUUGAUAUGAUGGAAAAGACGUUCUCUACUUUCCAUGCCUCGAAUGUGCUCUUGCAGCAACAAUAUCGAGAGAAAGGUUUCAAAAAGUAUUCUGAACUAAUUUCUCAUCUUCCUGUGGCCGAGCAAAAUAAUGAUUUAUUAUUGAAAAAUCAUGAGAAUCGACUUGCUGGAUCUGAACCACUUCCUGAAGUGAAUGAGGCGCACGCACACCAUGCUAGGGUCCUAAUCGUGAUCAUGAACGUGGUCGUGAACGUGGACGUGAUCGUGGUCGUGAUUAUGGUCAAGAAACUUUAUCAAGAAUCACUAAAGACAAAAGAGAAAAAUCCUGAGGCAAAUGUUAUCUCUGAAAAUCAAAUUGACAUCACACACUUGGAUGUAGCAGAUUUCUUCGCACAUCCUGAAGAAAAGAUAGAUCACUUAAUUGGUGAUGGUUCUGUGAACAUGGAAGAGUGA